AUGAAUAGAUUUGAGCGGUUGUUUGUAGCGCUCCUGUUAUUGCCCAAUAUUGUAAAAGUGUUACAUUCUGGUUCAACCACAAAGAUAAUAUCUGCGACAACAAAAUCAAUGCGUAUAUCAUCAUCUGAGGAUGAAACUCAAAAUACGAACCGAAACAGAGGAAGUAGGAAGAAGAGGCACAUCCACUUUCAACAUUCCUUCUAA